AUGUGCUCAGUUAUGUGGUUGCGGUUGUUGGUGAUGCUCGCUGCCUGCUGGGCACAAGAAGGGGAAUGGAGCGAGGACGCAGAAGACUUAGUGUCGACUGUGGAUGUGGACGCUGUAUUGGGGCGAACAGCAUCCCUACCUUGUGACGUCACACCGGACACCAAUGAGGACAGAGUUUAUAUGGUGCUCUGGUUCAGAGCGGGGAAAGCUACCGGCGGGAAACCUAUAUACAGGUAUAAAUGUAUAAAAGUUACUUUGAUUCAUUCCUUUUCUAGAAUGUGA